GAAAGGCGCAACCAAAAUGGUGUUACCAGUUGCGAGACAAGAACCUUGCAGCAAUUUUUUUUUCUUUUCCUCUGUUUUUCUUUCUGUGAGAUUUUGUAAAUAACGUAUUAUGGACACAAGUUUUGGGAAUGAUGAAAUGGCUGGUGUUGAUGGGGAUGCUGUGGACGAGAUUGAUGGUGUUGAUAUGGGCAUGUACGAGCAGGAUGAUUCUGAUCAUCAGCAGGAUUCACACAUUAGAACUGACCAUACAUACAACACCAGUGCUCGGUGUGAAGAGAAAAUGUUAGCAAAUGGCUGGAUGAAACAAACCGUGCAACGACUUACUGGAAAGUCAGCUGGCAGAUAUGAUGUAUAUUUAUACAGUCCUGAUGGACAAAGAUUUCGAACUAAAAAAGAUAUUGCGGCCUUUCUAGAAGAAAACAACAUACAGAUGGAUGCAAGUGAAUUUGAGUUUAACAAGUGGCCCAAGUCCAAAAAGAAAGUCAUAGUUGAAAAGAAAACAAAACCAAGGAAGCAGACCAUUAAAAAGAGGUCUAUAAGUCCUGAGAUGAUAGUGGAACAUGAUGAGCCUGAGAAACCAGCUAAAGUACGAGAACAUGAAUCUACGGCAGUUCCUUACCAUUCAAGAGGUGACCACACAUACGAUUCUGGCACAACGUGUGAGGAAAAAUUAUUACCAAAUGGCUGGUCCAAGAAGGUUGUACAGCGACUGAGUGGAAAAUCAGCUGGGAAGUUUGAUGUUUACAUUUACAGCCCAGAUGGACAAAAGUUCCGCUCAAAGACUGACAUUGCAAUGUACAUAGCGGAGCGGAACCUAGACCUCAAUCUUGAUGACUUUGACUUUGUUAGACUGAAAAAUGAAGCCAAAUCUGCAGCUGGGUACCCUCCAUUACAAACAACCCGGACACCUAGGAGCUCUAAGAAAGAAAAAGAGCACAAAAAGAAAAGAAAGAAGUCUCUUGAGGGCAAGAAGAAAGAGAAAACCACUCCCAAAAAGGACUUGCCAGUAAACAAUCAGAAACUAGUUGUCAAAAUGAACUUUUCCACUCCUACCAAAAGGCGGGAAAUGGAAGCAAAAGAAAGUAGGAGGAGAGUUCGCAUUGAGAGACAGAAAAACAAAACUGGUGCCAAACGUGGAAGACCGCGGAAAAAGCCUUUAGACACGAGUGGUCCAAAGAUCAAAUUCACAAGACUCAUCAAUGACGAAGACAAUAAUAAUGAAGAAAUGAGAAUGGCUGAGAGGAACGACAAACUGUUGUACGAAGCUGAAGUUCUCAAACAGCUGACCGCUGCCAGGAAGGACCAGUUGUCGUCGGACACGGGUGGGGAAGAAGCUGAUGAUGAGUCUGGUAACAACAACAGUGACGUUGACGUCGCUAACAAAGAGAAUGAGAUCUCGGAGCAGAUGUUGACCGCCGUCAGACAGCUGUCGGAUUCCGACGGUAAGAAAGUACACGGCGACAGCGAUGAUGACAAUGAUGUUUUGCAGAAUCUCGUGACUGAAGAGAGUUUGUUGUAUCCAGAUUUCGAUCAGAAUGUUUCCGACAGUGAUGAAACAGAUUUUUCUGAUGCGGAAGACAUCCAGGGAGAUGUGAAUUCCAACGAUGAAGAUACGUCUUUUUCAAAUGAUUUGAGUACCAUCGCAAAAGAGAAUGGACAAAACGACCACAGUGAUACUUCUGAAGCAGAUGGUUCCAAGUACAGUGACCACGAACCAAUUUUGGAGAAACUUGCGAAUGAAUUUUCCCAUCCGAAAGGAAGUCGUGUAACCGUCGAGUAUAUUGCUUCUUUUGAUUACACACCUGACAUUUCUUUAAAUCGUGAAAUUGGAAAUACAGACAACAAUAGUUUUGUUUUGUUUGAACCAUUGUCACAGGGCGACAGUGUGGAAGGGGAUAAUUCUCUAGAUGCUAAAAAUGAUGGACCCGUUAAUUCAGAUUUGUGUGUUACAAACAAUGGUGGAGGGGUUUCUAAUGAUAACCCAGAUUCCAUCUCGACACAUAAAAAUGGAAAGAGAAGAAGGCAGCCAUCUGGAGAUCCUCAUUCGUUGGAUGCCUUUGCUGUUGUUAGACACACGGAAAGUGUUGACAGUGUUCAAGUGAUGUCAAAAAAGAGAAAAUUAUCCGAAGUUGGUGACAGUAAUCUGGUGAACAAUGAUCUUGACCAUUCGUUUCAAGUCGUACCUGAAAAUAAAGAAGUAGAUUCCGAGACUCCGAGUGUUAAGGAUGAAUUUGUUUGUGUGUCAAAUAACAGCAGUGGUUUGCCUGUGCUUGAUGUGUCCAUGAUAAAACCAACCAAAAUGUUGACGGUCUGUACCAAGGGUGAGGCUAUGACGGUUUGUAAAGACAGAAUUGUUCCAUUGUUGGAGUUGUCACAUGAUGGUGAUGAUGAUGAUGAUAUACAGAGCAAUGAAAUAGAGCAAAAAUGUCAUGACAAUUCUCUGGAUGUUAAAAAUACACUGGAUACAUCCGAGUUGAUGGGAACCAAGGAUGAAAACGAAAAUGUCAAAGCGGCUAGCUGUGAUGGUUUGGGGAGUUCUGUCAGUGACACCAGCCAUGCUUCCAUGAGUGGCACAAGCCAUACUCCUGCAGGUGGCACGAACAAUAGCUCUUUGAGUAAACCGACAGACAAUGCAAGUCCUGGUUAUGUUAAGUUUCGGCGACGAUCAUCCGACUCAAGUUUGAGACAUUUGAUUAUGAAGAGUCGCAGGGUGAGCUGGGCUAGUGCGGGUGAUAACAGCACCGAUGAACCAACUUCAGCUGAAUCUGUGGAACAGGAUCUGUUCGUACUGCCAAAAUCUGUGGAUGCAAAUAGAGGUCUGUUAUGUAAAUCACCAGUGAAUAAAAGCAACUACUUCAAGACAGAUGGCUCUGCUCCCAAGAUGCCACAGCCCCACCUACAGGAAAAAGUCAAAUGGACUCCACCCAAAUCACCUUUUAAUCUCAUACAGGAAUGUCUGUUUCAUGAUUCUUGGAAGCUGUUAGUGGCAACAAUUUUUCUUAAUAGAACCACAGGUAAAGCGGCCAUUCCUCUGUUGUGGAAGUUCUUCAAUCGGUGGAACACACCAGAAGCUGCCCGAAACGCCAGUCCUGAAGCAAUAGCUCGGCUCAUGCAGCCUCUAGGACUGCAGGAAAAGAGAGCGGAAACAAUUAUUAAAUUUUCAGAUGAAUAUCUUACCAAAGAUUGGAAAUAUCCUAUAGAGCUUCAUGGAAUAGGGAAAUAUGGCAAUGACUCGUACAGAAUAUUUUGUGUUAAUGAAUGGAAGCAGGUAAAACCUGAAGACCACAAGUUAAACGACUAUCACAAAUGGUUAUGGGAAAACCAUGAAGCUUUAGGUAUUAGCUAAGAGUUCACCACUCAAGCAGUACUUCCCUUGCUCGUAAGGAGAGGAGGCACCUGUGGAUUUACCAAGCACACGUUGAUUUUAACAAUGAUCAUGUUCUGAAGAUGAUACUUUUAAAAUAGAACAAGACUCAUUUUCUCUACAGUCCAUGACCCAAACAAUAAUGUCAACUAGACACUCAUGUCAGUAGGAUACAGCAGUGCGACCCAGAAACUGCUACAACCUUCAAAUGGUGGUUCACGCAACUACAGAUCUCACCAUUUAAGGGGAGCUAUCGCUGGCACCCCAGGAUUCACCUGAGACUAGUUCGAGGAGAGUGAUUUUUACCUGCCCUUAGUAUGUGAGUAAAAAAAAAAAGAAAAAAAAAGUACUACAAAAAAUUAAAUAUCAAUGCUCAAUAUAUGGUAAUGUUUUAAAUGGCUUCCCAUAAUCAAAGUUAAGGGAGAAGUUAAUUACUCUCCUCAGUUUUUACAUGCUAAUGUCUGAACUACUUUUACACUCUUUAUUUGGUUGCACCAUCUGUAUAAGAAGUCAGUGAAAUGGGCUAGAAGCCUGGGGCCUAAUUCAAACUCUCGCAACUUUACGAUCACGCAGUGCAAUGCUAAAAGACUUGCAAAGAGGAUUCUUUGUUGUCUAGCACAGCUGAAAAGAGCUUUGUGCUAAAAGGACUCUGGACUCUGUUGUUGGUUUGUGAACUGUGUAGAGUAGAGGUUGAGUAAAUGAAUGUGUAUGCAUACAUCUAUGUGUAUCUGUUGCUACCUGUACAUUAGCUGACGUUCAGAUUUUUGCGUUGAGAUGCAUAAUCGUGAACUUGUACAUGUAAAUCUGACACCCCACAAGACCAAAUAAAACGUCUGGAUUUAAGAGUUAUCCAUUUAGAGAGGUUGUAUUCUGUACUGAUAUUUAAAAAGACACUGUGUAAAAUGUCAUGUUUUGAGGAGUUUCACUCUACAUUUCUGUUAUCGCUGCGCACAUACCGGUAUGCUAUAUGAAGAUUCAAUAGCCGUAAAUUUUAGUCUAUUAAUAACCAAAUUAUGUACUUGGAAAGAUAUUUUAUCAAAAUGUACAUGGAUAUAAUGUCACUGAGAUACAGACAAACAUAUUUCAAACAUAAUAUUUUUAAAAAUGUAUAAUUUUUUUAUAUACGUAAACUACUAACAUUUAUUGCGAACUACAAGUUUUGUAGCAGUGUAACAUCUUGGUCUUCAGUGUGUGCAUAUUGUAUGACAUCAUUCACGAGAAAUUCAGAUAGACGUAAAGGUACUUAUAAAAGUUUAAAACAUCAACCUCUCUAAUAAUGUUACAAUUCACAAACAGAUCAUGAAGAGUAAAACUAGUAUCUUACUACAAGUUGUGAUUUCAUCACUAUAAUCAAAGGUGUAUGUCUCCUGUAUCAUAUUGUAAAGCAUCAUGGUACACAUUUUUGUCGCUAAUCUCAUAAUGUUUGUUAUUGCAGGCCAGCAUUAGCCUUUAACCUGCACUUUAAACAAAGGAGAGAGACUGUUGCCAUUGCCAUGCAAAUAUCACAGUCUUGCAUUUUAGAAGCCUAUAACUGAUUUUGUUUUCUUAAGAUGAUAUGUUGAAUAUCAUAAAGAGCAUUUAUCCUGUGAUCUGAGCAUGAUGUAACUGAUAUAUUAUUAAAGUUUGCAGGUCUAGCUCUGGGUGAACAGAACAUGUCUCUAAAUUGUUUAUUAAGCUUCAAAAAUUGCAGAAAUCUAGUUAUUUUCUGACAAAAUAUAAAUUAUUACAUGAAAUUAUUUACCCCGAUAUAAAAUAAAAUUUAUCAAUUUAAAAAAAAAAAUUGCUAGCCCUGAGUUUGCAAUUCCCAACAAAUACAUGUAGAAAUCAGAAAUAUGUUUUAGGGCCUUCAUUAUAAAGUUAUGUGCUCAUGUACGUAUUACAAAUUACUUCAUGUGUGUAGAAUGUAAUUUUUAAGUUGUAUAUAAACAUGUACUUAAUUGAUGUUUAUUUGACAUGAAAUUUAUUUGUUCAUGUAAUGUACCAUACCUGGACUGUUUCAGUAAUCCCAUGCAUGUAAACUUAAGCUGGAAAUCAAAUUGUUUUUGUAACAGAACUGCAUGUUUCAAUGAUCAGAGAAAUGAUAGAACAAAGGACAAGUUGGGAGAGAAGGUGCUAAAAGAAGAGUAGAAUGGAAUAGCUUUUGGUAGCACAAGUUUUGACUUGUGGUUGUAUUGCAACCAAAUUAACUACAAUUCAUAUAAUUAUGUACAUGUACAAGUUGAAAAUUGCAAGCUUGCUAUUAAGGCAUUAAGUUGGAAAUUGCAACCUCCCUUUUAAGGCAUCAAGUUGGAAAUUCUAACCUCCCUUUUAAGGCAUCAAGUUGGAAAUCACAACCUCCCCUUUAAGGCAUCAAUUUGGAAAUAGCAACCUCCCUUUUAAGGCAUCAAGUUGAAAAUUGCAACCUCCCUUUAAGGCAUCAAGUUGGAGAUUGCAACCUCCCUAUUAAAGUAACAAAUUGGAAAUUGCAACUUUCUUAUUACAGUAACAAGGGAACAACAGUGCAAAAUGGUUAGACAUGUACUUGUCCCAAAAACAUUUUAAUGUAAACUGUAACCAGAUGACUGCUAAUAUGUCAGACAUUAUUAACGUUUAGUCUUGCAUUUUAUAAAACCAGGACUGUAACUCGUUAUUUUGUCUUACGUUCUGCAAGGGCACAAAGUUGUAUUUGUUUUUUUUCUCCAUAAUACUUUACAAAGGUCAUUUGUGGUGCAUUGUGACUCACUCAGUGAAAGAUUAACAGCUUAUUAGGGAAAACAUGUUCAUGACCAUUUUGGGUAAAUACAUUCAUAUUGAUAUUAAAUUGGAAUUUAAUUGAUGUUAUAUUCCCUCCAUAGGAAUUAAAUCAGGAUAUGGCUCUAAGCUUUGUAUAGUAUGAAAGUGGUAUAAGUAAUUUAUGUAUCGAAAAAAAUUAAGUUUAUUUUCAUCAUCGCAGAGAUGACAGAUACUGUGUGACUGCAUGCAAGUUGACAUAGGAUAUGGAAUGUCUCCAAUUAUUUCCGGAUGAAGUGGUAAAAUGUUUUUUACAAUAUGAUGUCCGAUGAUGGAUUGGUUUAAUUCUGAUGUAUAAGAAACAUUUUGGGUUAAAUUAUCCAUUGUCAUUUUUAGUCCAUGAUCAGCUUUAUGAUAAGUUUUUUCAGUUCCUGACUGGAUCCAGCUGGAGUGGACUAUGGGUUUUGUCUCCGUCUGUCUGUCUGUCCCUCGUAUUGUUUUCCUAAAAAAUAUUUUUCGCAAUGUCUGAAGAUACUGAGCUGAAAUUUUGUGUAUAGCUUUAUCAGGUGCUGUUACAGAUAAGAUUGAAUUUCACAGUGAUUUACCCAUUAUUCUCAGAGUUAUGGCCCUUGAACAUAAAAGAUAUGAAAAUUUGUUGGGCCCGGUAUUACUUUAGCAGCACUCACAGAAUGCUUGUUCAUCCCGCAGCUGCUUUCAUACAUGUUAUCAGUUGUCUAUCAAAUUUUAUUGUAUUAAAUCAAUGGUGGUAUACUUUUAAGUAAAUGCUUUGAUCACAGUUGUAUAUGGAUAUGUUUGUAAAAAUGUAUUAGCUCUUUCAGUAUAUUAAUAGGCAUGGGGGAUUUUGGUAACAUGGUGGUAUGCGGCUCCACCAAAUAUAAAAUCUGUACAAACUUUUCACAAUAUUGGAGGAAUCAAUAUUCAUGGAGUUCUAAUUUUUUUACCAAUCUGUGAUACUACUCAUGUUCAUUGCAUUUUAUGUUAAUAUGGUGUACUCACCAUUUCCUAAGAAACGUCAUUUUCUUUCGUCUAUUUUGGAAUCAGUAUGUCAUUAAUAUUACAUUAUAUUAAUGUUGUAUUUGGGUUGCAAAGAUUUAAACUUUUGACAAAUUAGUACAUGUGUAUUGGAAUUUUGUUUGCGACUUCCAGCUACACCAUGUCCAUAAUCCAUCAGUAACACAUGACAUGACUGGUGUUUUUAUACAGACCAGACAAUGGAUGACAGAUUAUGUAUAUGGAAACAGGUGCCGAUAAAAUAAAAUGGACAAAUCUGAUCGUGGCCUGGGUCAAAUAUAAACAUCCCAAAAUCAUUCAUUUUACAGGGUUUUUAAUAUAGGUUUUUAAAUCAUUUUUUAUUUUAAUUGUGUAGUGUUUUAUUUGCGUUAUUGUUUGUGAAAAAAAUGUACAUCUUUAUUUCCAUCAAGUGCUGAAAACAAUUUAUACAGUACCGUACAUAUUUAUGCUGUUGCAUUACUUUUUAAUUAUUUAAUCAUCUUUACAAUUGUAAGUACAACUUGUUGACAAGUUCUAAUCAUGUUAAUAAAAGUAGAUUUUGUUUGGUGUAAAUACUCAAUUAGGUUUGUGCACGUGAAUUUGGUGCAUGUAUUAGUAGAGGAUUCACUUCAGAUAUUUGUGAAAGUACAUAGGAAGAGUGUUUUAGUUGUUUUUAUGAAUUUUAAUGUACAACACUGAUCAUGCUAAUUCAACAUAAACCCAAAAGUAUUCCUGUGCACAAUUGUGUGUUUGCAAAAGUAAAAGGUGUUGUGUUGUGUUUGAAAAAUCAAGAUAUAAAAUUGUUGGUUAGGCUGUCAACGAAUUAUUUUUAAAAUUCUGUUUGCUGUAUAAUAUUUGCAAAGUCUGGGAAGAAUUAACAUGGAAUUAAGGCAACAAAUUGUGGUCAAAACAAAAAUCACAGACAUGCGAGACAUUGGCAUCCAGGUUGGAGGUUAAUGGUAUACAAACCCCCAGUUUAGUGGAUGUGAAAGGUGAUAUUUUCUGGUAAUAAAGUGGGCCACCAGUAAAGCUGCUGUAAAAUGUGUUUGGCUGUUGUUGUUUUUUUUCAGCUUCUAUACAUUAAUUAACGUUUGCUUUAAAUUAUCAGUUUUUGACAAAUGAAGUGUUUUUAGUUGGGUUGGUAUUAACUCAAGAUUAAUUUUAUGGAAAUGGCAAAGGUAUGUAUAUCAGAAACUCGUAUCAGCAGCUUUAACACAAAUAACACUUUUAUAUAUAUUAGACCUAGAUAUUUUAUAACUGGAGAAUUUUCACAUUUAUACCUCAGAGUGGCAAAAAUUAAAAUCAUUCUAGUUUGGCUCGACUUGAAAAGUUUUUUGUGCAAAACACUGGUCAAGAUAUAAAUAAAAAAGCAAUACCCAUUGUGAAGAAUGUUGUCUUGCUCAGUUUGAAAUUAUAUUUUAUUGAUUUUGUUUUGUUAGCGUAUAUAUACAAUUUGGAUCUCCAGCUAGGAGAGACUGAUACACGAAAGAAUAAUCAUGUAUAGACUUUAGUAUGAUAAACUGAUCAUUAUGGGUAUUGCCGUUUUAUUUAUAUACUGACCAUAUUUUAGGGGUUUUUUCUCUCACAAAUUGCACAUAACAAUGGAAUGGGUUUCUUAUUUCAAAAACAGUUUUGUCAUUUCUAAAACACAUUUUCUUUUCUUUUUACAUCAAGCUAAAGUGGAAAUACUGGGUAUUGACAAAAAACUCAUUAAUUUUUUUUUUUGGGUACAAGGUACAUGUAUGGUUGCAAAACCUGUUAAAAAUACAACAGAUAUUCUACUUUAAUAUACACACACACACACACACACACACCCCAACAAAAAACAACUUUUGGGUCUGAAUUUACGAAGCCUGGUUUUCUUAAACCAUGUUUAAGCAUUGUAAAAAAUGAUGUAGUCACGUGUGUCAAAAUGAGGCCCUUUAAUACCUUGAAGUUCAUGUGAUUUGCAUAGUAUGUAUAAAAUGCUGGUAAUGCUUUUUACAUUUAAAAAUUAAUGUAAGCCUAAUUAAAACCUCAAAUGUUAUGGAGUGCUAAUUUGUUAGUGUGAUAUUCUUUUGUCUAAUAUAUAACAAACCUUGCCACUUUCGUCUUAUUCAUUACAGUGAAUCAUCAAUAUUGCUAAAAGAUUCCCAGAACCAGUUCAACAUUUAAGGUUAUGAUAUAAAAUUAUGAACUUGUUGAGAACCAAUAGAAAUUGCUUAUUGACAAGAUAAUGAUAUAACACUGACAAUGAAAUUAUUACAUGUAAGUACUCGUAUGUAUAUGUAUGGACAGUGACGGAUAACUUUAUUAUGACAAAACUAUGAGCAAGGAGUUAAUGGAACUUCAAUGGAACAAAGAAGUUUUGUUGUUAAUGAAAUGUAUUGUGGUCAUAGUAAUGUAAUGGAAAACCAACCAUCCAUUUCUUUUUAUGUCUUUUGUGUGAUACAGAGAAAAUGUGCUUGGGCAGUGGCUGCUUUUUGUCAGGUUAUUUUAAUUGUGUUAUUGCCAGUUUUAUAGAAUAAAACAAAAUAUUUCAUUGCAGUGUGA